AUGAGCAUUUACCUGUACGACGAUGACGACUACGGCUUGGAAUAUUCAGAGGAUAGCACCUCCGAACCUGACGUGGAUUUGGAAAACCAAUAUUAUUUGGCGAAAACGAUAAAAGAAGAGAAUUUGGAGCAUGCCGCGUUGGCUUUCCAGAAGGUCUUGGAUUUGCAGGGAGAGGCCAAAGGUGAAUGGGGUUUUAAAUCUCUAAAACAACUUGUUAAGAUAAAUUAUCAACUAAAAAACUAUAAGGAAACUAUAGCCAAGUACAAAGAGCUUCUGAGUUACAUCAACAACGCUGUAACGAAAAAUCACGGUGAGAAAUCCAUAAACUCGAUUCUGGACUUCACAUCGACGUCCAAAAACAUCGAAAUGCUCCAAAAAUUCUACGAAACCACUCUGGAAGCACUUAAAAAAGCGCAGAACGACAGAUUGUGGUUCAAAACCAACACAAAACUCGGAAAAGUGUUCUUGGAACGUCACGAAUACUCAAGGCUAGCCACGAUAAUCAGAGAAUUAAAACAGAGCUGCAAAUACAGCGAGUGCGAUAACGAUCCGCACAAGGGAACGCAACUGCUUGAGAUUUACGCGCUUGAAAUUCAAAUGUACACCGAACAGAAAAACAACAAGAAGCUCAAAGAGCUGUACGAGAAAUCUUUGAGGGUGAGAUCGGCGAUACCGCACCCGCUGAUCAUGAGCGUUAUAAGGGAGUGCGGGGGCAAAAUGCAUCUGAGAUCGGGAGACUACGAGGACGCCUACACGGAUUUUUUCGAGGCUUUCAAAAACUACGACGAAUCGGGGAACCCCAGGCGCGUCACGUGCUUGAAGUACCUCAUCCUGACGAGCAUGCUGAUGAAAUCCUCCAUCAACCCCUUCGACUCGCAGGAGGCCAAACCGUACAAGAACGAUCCGGAAAUAAGGGCGAUGACCGAUCUCAUCCAGGCCUUCCAGACCAACGAUAUGGAGGUUUUCGAGAAGAUAUUCCGCGAGAAUCGGGAAUCCUUCAUGGCCGACCCGUUCGUGCGCGAGCACAUCGCCGAGCUACUGAAACACGUGCGCACGAUUGUUUUGCUGAAUCUCAUCCGACCUUACAGCAAAAUUAAGAUUUCGUUUAUAAGUAAGGAGCUCGGUAUAAGCGAGGAAGACGUAGAAGACCUUCUGGUGAUGGCUAUUUUGGACAACCACAUUCAUGGUAGAUUGGAUCAGGUUAAUAAGAUUCUGGUUAAGGGCUUGGAAACGUGCAACGAAAGAUAUUUGGCGAUGGAAAGCGUUGCCAAUAGAUUAAACGAUUUGUCUUUCACCAUAAUGCAAGAACGCAGAUCAUACGCUUUGCGCAACGAUUACUAUUCCUGCAUGCGGUUUAAGCCCGUGCAUUAUGCAGUGUGGAAAGAAAAUGGCACAUGCAUUGUUGCAAAACCGUUAAUCAAUAAGGCCUUAUGGGAACCUAUCGAUCGAGCUCACUCUCAAUCUGGCGACUCGAGCCGUAAUAAUACCAGAACAAGAGAUUGCUGUUAUUGUUACCACGUCGCAGGACGGAGAGCUAUGCUGAAAACUUGA